AUGGAAGUUGACUAUUUACUUGGCAAAACUUGUUUGGGAGACGCUCUUUUACCCCAAGCUUUACCUGCUCAUCUCAUUCCUGUAGAUCUUCCACUUGCUCUCAUGGACGACAAGAGUGAAAAGGGGAAAGACAAGGAUGGCUCUGCUUCCACUCCACCCAAUCGCCACAAGGCCGGGCUUAAAUUUUCACCCAAGGUGCCUACUAAGAAAACCCCAAAAUGUGUCCCUAAGAUGGAACCGGAAGAGGAGAACGAGCUUGACACAAUUGAUAAGGAGUUACUGAUGAAACUUAGAACGCCACAGUUUCAUAUGCAGAGUCAAGGGGCCCUCGAAAGAAGAUUCAAGGCUGAGAAAAAUGAAGCCUGUGUUCAGGUUGCAUUUGGACAAGUGAACUCUUCAACUGCAAGAUCCUUCCCCACCCCUAAAAGUUCUUCAUCAGUGAAACAAGAACAGGAGGUAAACCUUUUUAGCAAGUAUACGAUGUCUGGCGUUACGACUUCUGCUGCAAAGUUACCCAAACAGUUCACUGGACCUCAGGACUUUACCCAUCGCAGCUACAACUAUCCUCUUAUUACCCUCCCUCUAAGGAGGCCCCACUCUGCAAAUCCAGAAUUUUUUGAUGAAGACAUGUUUGGAGAGUUCUCUUCCAGCAGAACACAAGAUGGUGAAUUAACUGCAGCUCAGGAACUUGGGCUAAUGGACACUGAGGACAACAUGAAUACACCACAGUUGCUCUUCUUCCAGUUCCCUGCAACUCUUCCUUUACCGCAGGUUGUAUCCGUUGCUGGGGCAGAUAUGGACACGAGUGACAGUGAGGGUGUUGAAACAGAAGAACCCAAUAAGAAGAGGAGACUCGAGUCAAUCAACGGCUGUAAGCUAAAAGAUUUGCCAGGUGGUCUCAUGGGGAAGCUGCUCGUGUACAAGAGUGGUAAAGUGAAGAUGAGGCUCGGAGAUGCACUCUUUGAUGUUUCAGCUAGGUUUGGACUGCACAUUUGCUCAAGAGGCUGUAGCGAUCAACACAAACAAGAAGCACUGCUGCAGCCUGGGGGCUGGGGGAGGUGA